CUAUAUUUUCUAAACCGCCAAAAAAAAUGGUAAAACUUUGCAUACUGUCGCGAUAACGGUACUAGAUAGAACUGAUAUAUGUAAAUGUAUCAGCAAUAUUUGCCAACUUCACCUUCGCGAUAGGAUACACAUAUUUGAAAUUCUAAUGACCACACAUUAACAGGUAAAGCCAAGAACGUGCACAUAUACAACGUUGUUACAUAUGCCUUAGUAUCAUAACCCUACCUUGUCUCCUGACUAAAGAAAACUACGACAGUUUCUAACAAGCAUCGCUUUGAGUAACAGCCAGUGAUCAUUCUCUGAUUAUUUUCUGAAGAGCGAAGCGACUAAUCGAGAAUGGCUAUGUCCGAGCAGGAGCGACUGUACACUCCGAGUGAAUGGAGCAAACGAUAUAAAUCUGAAGAACUGGUCGCAAAAUUCUUAAAAUUCUGUGAGGAAACUACGGAAAAGACUCGGAAAACUGUUAAAUGCGAACUUAACGUGCCGUACGGUCCUACAGAGCGUGCAAAGUACGAUAUAUAUGGCACCGAUUUACCGAAAGAUGCGCCGAUAUUUGUAUUUAUUCAUGGCGGAUAUUGGCAGGAAUUUAGCAAGGACCUCACUGGCUUCUCGGUUCCACUGUUUAUUAAAAAUAAAAUCAAAGUAAUAACAAUUGGAUAUGAUUUGUGUCCAAAUGUCAGACUUGGCGAUAUAGUAGCAGAGAUAAAAUCAGCGGUCGCACAGAUUCUAAAAUAUGCAGCCGAUUCAGGCUCUAAAUAUGUGUGCGUCGCUGGACAUAGUGCUGGAGCACAUUUGGCUGCAUGUUUAUUACAUGAUAAUGAUUGGAUCGAUCUCAUGACACAGCAAGGAUAUUUUGCACUAUUAAAAGAAAUCAUAUUGAUAGGCGGCAUUUAUAAUUUAAGACCUAUAAUUAAUAUCAGUUUUGCAGCUGCACUUAAAUUGACCGAUGAAGAAAUUAAGGCACUCAGUCUUUCUACUCUUGAUAAAGCAAAAGGCCAUCGUAUUACUAACUUAAAAGUCACCGUAACCGUAGGCGAUUGCGAUUCGCCAGCGUUUGUGGAUGAAUCGCGCGAAUACGCCCAGAAACUUAUUUCUAUUGUGGAUAAUGUGGAAUACCUUUUACUUCAAGACAUCGAUCAUUUUGAUAUAGUGGAGAAACUUCUAGAUCCAAACUAUGAUCUUGCUAAGUUGAUAUUGAAAUGUCUCCAGCCGGAUGCGAUCCUUUGUUAGAGAUAAAUAUGUAAAUUAAUGGAAUUUAUUAUA